CUUGCUUUGGACUUUCAAGAUGUCUGCGCCCAUGAAACACAAGUGAAUUGUUCCACAGAGUCACAGACCUAUUAUUGAGUAGGCCUAUAUAUAAUAAGGCAUUUCGAUAAUAACAGCUAUGAGUAGCAUUUAUAUAAACGAGCCACCUACGACAGGAAAGAUUUUAUUGGAAACAACUGCAGGAGAUAUAGAUAUCGAGUUAUGGUCAAAGGAAACUCCAAAAGCAUGUCGAAAUUUUGUUCAGUUAUGUAUGGAGGGCUAUUACGAUGGAAUUAUAUUUCAUCGAGUUGUCAAAGAUUUUAUUGUUCAGGGAGGAGACCCAACUGGAACAGGGGAAGGAGGAGAAUCUGUAUAUGGAAAACCUUUUAAGGAUGAAUUCCAUUCAAGAUUACGGUUUAACAGAAGAGGUAUGGUUGGAAUGGCCAAUGCUGGUCCUAAUGAUAAUGGAAGUCAAUUUUUCUUUACAAUGGCAGCAACACCAGAACUGCAGAAUAAACAUACUAUAUUUGGCAAAGUUACUGGUAAUACUGUUUAUAAUUUAAUCAAGUUACAAGAAUCAGAAGUUGAUGGAAGUGACAAACCUCUUCAUCCUUAUAAAAUAAUUAAAACACAGAUAUUGUCCAAUCCAUUUGAUGAUAUUGAACCAAGAGCUAUAAAAAGGAAAGAAGAUAAAAAUGAAGAAAAGAAACCCAAAAGUCAAUCAAAAGCUACAAAAAAUUUUAAUUUGUUAUCAUUUGGUGAAGAAGCAGAAGAAGAUGAAGAAGAGAAUGUGCAGGUAACUAAGGAUUUAAAGAUAAAAAGUAAAAGCAGCCAUGAUUUAACAGAUGAUCCAAGAUUGAGUUCAAAACCAGCAGUAGAUAUUAAAACAGAAGAAAAAAAGAAACCCACACAAGCUAAAAGUAGUAGUGAAGACUCUGAUUCAGAUUCAGAGUCAAGUGAACCAGAGCAGAAAAAAUUUAAAAAAGAAAAGGAUUCUAAAAAAGAAGAAAUAGAAGAGAAGGUGGAGCCAGUAAAAAGCAGAAGUGAUGAGUUAAAGGAGGAAAGUCGAAAAUUACAGAAAGAAUUAAGGCAUAGUAAAAAGAAAAAAUCUUCUGAGGCAGAUGAAAACACAAAAGAAGAACAGUCAAAGCCAAUUAAGAAUGAUGCAAUAUCUGAAUACAAGCAGGAGCAAGAAAAAUACAAACAACAAAAACGGACCCUAGGAAAGAAAGGAUCCAGUCGUGAAGAGUUAACUUUAAUGAUGUUAUCUCAGUUUAAAAAUCAAUUAGAGUCUGUAAAAACUAUAGCUGGAGAUUAUUCUGAUGAUGAAGAAGAUAAAAAAGAAGAAGAUGAAGAUCUGGAAGCUGCAGAUGAUUCUGAUUUAUCUUGGAUGAGACAUACACUUAAGUUUGAUGAAAAACGUAACAAAGUUCUUGAUGCUAAUAUUCAUGAUACAGACAGAUAUGAGAUCUAUGACCCCAGAAAUCCAAUGAAUAAACGAAGACGAGAAGCCAGUAAUAAAGACAAGAAAUGAACUUGUUGAACUUGUUAUAUUGUUGUUAUUUUGGCAUAGGCGUAGGAGCAGCCCCCCCAGAUUCGGUGAACCAUCCUUUUUGGGGGGCAAUGUAUUUCCAUUUUUAUGGCACAAACAUCAGAGAAUUAGACCAUUUAUCAUACAAAAUAUAAUUGUAUAAUUAUAAAAUGAAAUCGCUGGUGGUUUAUGUUUUGAAUACUAUAAUACUAAAUAAGAUCUUGCGUAAUAACAUUUGUGUACAACUCGUUUUAGUUAAUGAUUGAUUUAUUCUGAAAAUUUAAUUUGAGUGACCAAGAAUAUCAGCCCCCCCCCCACACACACACACACCCAAUGCCUAUGUAUAUUGGGACAUAUUUUUAUAAGGCCCUGGGGUCUACAGAUAUGUGUACGAAAUAUUGUAUUUUGUCUAGAGCUCUGGACACAUUAGCUGAAUCAUUCGGCGCUUAAAAGCCCCAACAUGUUAGAAUAACCGUUAAAUAUAGGGCUUACGACCAUACACAGUCGUAUCAUAAUCUGAUAUGUGCGUUUGUUUGUGAUUUCUGUGUAUCGUGUCUUGUCCGUAAAUAUGUUUUGUGGAGUUGUUUGUGUGUGGUGCAGUCCCCAUGCACUUACUAAUAGAUACUUUCAUUGAAAUACAUUUGUUUUGUUUGAAAAAUUAUAUAAAUCAAUCAAAUCAGUUUGAAUGAAGCCUGUAUCACUGCAGAGGACUGUGCAGUGCAUUGGCAGGGGUGGAUCCAGGAUUUUCAGAAAGGCGGGGUGUGCUGCACCCACUUGGGAGUGCGAAGCCCGGGCUCGGUGGGCGGACUGAUGGGCAAUCAACCAAGUCACCAAACGGCUGGUUUCGGAGUAAAUUACGACGGGGAUCACUACCAUUUUUAAGUAUUUUUCUUCUCCUUUCCCGCAAAUUGUUUGCCAUUGCAAAAAAUAGGGGGGUCAUGCGCCGGGUGUGCCCCCCCCCCUUUGGAUUCGGCCUGAUUGGGAACUUACGGUCAGCCCACUAUCCAUUCGCUUAAUUUAAUAUUACUUAUGUUGUUUAUUAUUGCUUGUUUCUUGUUUGCGGGGGUUGUCUUCUGGGUUUCUGUUUGUGUGUGGUGCAGUUCUCCUGCACCUACUCCAAGGCCCUACUGUAAUAUUCUGGCCAUUUUAUGAUUACAUUGUUUUGUAUUGAUUUCACUCUGCCAGCGUCAUAUGCAACAGAUAAAUAUAGUAAUAAUAUGUAUGUUAUCUUUUUUUGUACAAAGCAGCUCAGUCUUUUUAAUAUUCAGUUGUGCUGAAUUACACCAUAACAACAGCCUUUACAUUAAAAUAGUAGACUACAACUUGCCCUGAGCUCAAAAAGCAUCUCAGACUUAAGUUAAGAAUUUACUCAAAAUUAUUCGCCUUAUUUUAACUAAAAAAUACCCCUUUUUUGUUGUUUUAAUGUA